GUAGUCGCGAGCAAUAAAUGCAAGCUGGCAAGGUCGUGUAAAAGUGUUUUCUGUACAAAUCUUUGAGCCGACUGUGAUUAAUAAUAUCCCCCAGUUCUUAAAAUCGAACAAUAAAAAAUGUUCAGCCAAAGCCGUUGUCUGUUCAUUAUCAGUGCGCUGCUCCUGCUAAUCGCGCCCCAAGCCUCCCGUGCAGAUCUGAUGUGCUACGUUUGCAAUGACUGUGCCAAGGUGACGGCCACAACUCCCCUGUUGGUGUGCAACGAAAGCAGCUUUACAACAACCGGCAGCACGGAAGCCUCCACCGCCACAACCACCGAGUCACCAAGCACCACAAAUGAGCCCAGCUCAACCACUACAGAGCCUUCAACAGAGGACACCACAAUUAACUCUACAGAGACCUCAACAGAGACCACAACAGAGACCACAACAGAGACCACAGCAGAGCCCACAGAAUCGACCGUUUCUACAGAGGCACCCGUUCCCACGCCACAAACAGCCGGUCCAGUCAUUACCACAACCGGUGUGCCCACACCACCCGAAGAAAAUAUCAGGCAACUAACUCAAAGCGUUUCAACGGAACUCUCCAACAGCGGCAGCAACGCCAGCUCCACAAUUAGUUCCAGUUCUGGUUCCAUCUCUACAGUCAGCAGCAGCAGCAGCACUGAGCUACCCAUUUCCACCUUCGCAAGACCAAUAAACUCGACAAUAUUGUUGCGCCAACGACGUGAUUUGGCCAGCGGCGACUAUACCUACCACUGCUAUUCCGUGCUAGUCACAGGAGUUGCUGGGCAACCCGAUGGCAUACAACGCGGCUGCUCCCGAGUCACUACCGAGGAGGAUGUCUGUGGACAGCUGCAGAUUCAAUCGGAGAACAACGUAACGUUAAGCAACUGCCGGCCCUGCAGCAUGGAUAGCUGCAAUGGCAGCAGUGCCCUGCAGGCCUCUCUGGGAGCCAUCCUGCUAGUCCUUGUCGCUGGCUUUAUCCAACGCAAUUAGAUCUAUUGAAGCUCAUCGUUACCUCUUGGGUGUCGUCGCCAUAGUCGCCACCUCACCUCACACACGAUACAUUAUAUGUAAACAUAAUUGUUAAGAUACAUCAUAAACAAACACACACAAAAGAUAUCGAAAUAUAUUUUAUGGGCGCCAAGCCCGACGAAAA